UGCUUGGGUGCUCUGCUCCCUUACCAUCAAUGUUUCCGAAACGAGAUGCGCCGACCGGAUCCUCCUUCCACUUCAUCGUUCGUUGAUCGAACUCUCCUCUUGUACUAACCAAGCAUCGCUGCAGGCCAGCCGCCGUUUCACUUCAACAACACACCCUUCUCGCAACCUCUUCCAUCGGCGACGUCCGCGACGACCGCCCCCGCCGCACCCCUGCAGCAAGCCUUGAGCCACAGCGCUUCACCACCGUCGAGCUUGUCUCCGCUCCCUCGGGACUCGAUCAAAUACCCAAUGGCCGCCCCGCCUCUACCGCCAAACACACCUGCCUCUUCGCACGGAGCUUCGAACAGCAUAUCCGCGCCAUCUCCCAAAUCACCACAGUCACCUGCCAUACGCGAACAACAACGCAUCGAGCUCGUGCUGGAGAUCAACAAUGAGCUGCUGCAAGAGAUCGAUCGACUGCAAAAGGACGGGCAAGGCGGCGCCGUGGAUCAGGCACAACUACAACACAUGAGAAAUGAAGGCUUGCCGGAAAAGUGGGCGUCAGAGAGCUACACUCAGGCAUAUCGUCGAAUGCAAGCGAAUUUGACCUGGCUCAUGCCCAAGGCCUCACAGGAUCCGUCGAAAGCACCGCCUGGACCAGCGUUGAUGACGCCUCCAUCACAUAUGACCUCGUUGUUUCCACACUAUGAGCGACUGCGUGCGUUGUUCCCAGAGUGGCAGGGUCUCGACGCUCGCAUGGCCGCUGCUUCGAGUAGUCCUCGACCCAACGGUCCUAACAGCCAGCAGGCCGCGGCGGCGGCAGCAGCAGCAGCAGCGAAUGGUAGCAUGGCCACUCAGCAACAGCAAGGGCAACAGCAAGGGCAGUACUGAGCAGUGGUCCUGAGGGUGCAAACUAGAUCGCGAGGAGGAUCUUGGUGCGAUCGAUGACACAGGGCGUACUUGGGUCAAGUUACCAGGAAGGAAACAUGGGUGGUCUUCUGAGCGUCUUACGAAUUGCUUUGUUUGGGCAGUCGAUUGCUAGGGGUCGAGAAGAUUCCUCACCCCAGAGAUCGCAAUGAUUCACGAAAAUUUAGAAUGUAAGAGGUACUUCGCGAGAAGUAGAGCCAGGAGGCAUCGAGUUGUGCCGUUCAGAAAUGUCAAUGGCUGGAUUGGACUUU